UAUCCUCCUUUCUUAGAAUAACCCAGGCUGCGUACUUUAUCCAAAAAAAUCUUCCAGACCUCUUUGGAAACUCCUCUGCUUUCUGUGUGUACCACCACCAAGUGUUUUCCAAGAACAAGAAUGGAGGGGAACACGAAGCUGUCAGUGGCAGAAGAUGCAGUGGAAUAUCAUCUGUUUUUGUUGCCAGAAGAACCAAGAGACCCAGAGAAACGCAAAGAGGUCCUUCAGAAGUAUAUCACAGCAAUAAUGACCCAGUAUGCACCUCUGCUGGUUUCCUAUAUCUGGCAAAAUCAGCCUUUUAAUCUCAGAUACAAACCUGCUAAAGGCAGCAUUCCUGCUCAUAUUGUUGGUGUAACUAAAUUUGGGGAUAACAUUGAAGAUGAGUGGUUUAUUGUUUAUCUAAUAAAGCAGAUUACGAAGAAGUUUCCGGAGUUGGUAGCAAGGAUUGAAGACAGUGAUGGUGAAUUCUUGCUAAUAGAAGCUGCUGAAUUUCUCCCUAAAUGGUUGGAUCCUGAUAAUAGCACCAACAGAGUCUUUUUUCACUGUGGAGAGCUAUGCAUUAUUCCAGUACCACGGAAAGCUGGGGAAGUAUCCUGGUUACCUCCCACACCUCCCACAAUCAGUCAGGCACUGUCAGUCAUCACCAAGCACUCUGAAAAAAUCAUCGCCUCAGAAUCUAUCCAGGCGGCAGUAAACAGGCGAAUCAGAGGGUACCCAGAAAAGAUCCAAACAUCCCUUCAUCGAGCUCACUGCUUCCUCCCAGCUGCUGCUGUGGCCAUUUUGAAGCAGCGUCCUCAGCUGAUAGCAGCAGCUGUCCAGGCCUUUUACUUACGGGAUCCUAUCGACCUUCGAGCCUGCCGAACUUUCAAAAUGUUCUUGCCAGAAACACGUGUAAUGACUUCGGUCAUGUUCACAAAGUGUUUGUAUGCACAGCUGGUACAACAGAGGUUUGUGCCAGACCGCCGAAGUGGGUACGCUCUGCCUCCCCAAUCCCACCCCCAGUACCGAGCGCAUGAACUGGGCAUGAAACUGGCUCAUGGCUUUGAGAUUUUGUGUGCCAAAGCCAGUCCACUGCCUGACUUCAAGAAGUCUCUAAUGAUGAACACCUCUCUUUGGAAUGGCUUUCUUGACAGUCUGAAACAGAAUGACUAUUUUGAGGGAGAAAUAGAAGGCUCUGCUAAGUACCUACAGAAGCUACGCAUGGCAGAGAACUACUUUCAGCAAUCUGUGAAUGGGCCAGAAAACUUUCUUGACAUAAGCCCAGGGGAAGAAAUCUUAACUUUAUUACAAACAGUGCCUUUUGAUGUGGAGGAGCUUAAGAAAGAAGAUGCUAAUCUCCCCUUAGAGGAUGAUGAUCACUGGCUGUAUCUCUCACCGGAUCAGCUGGACCAGAUUCUGCAGGAAGCAGUUGGGAAGGAUGAACCAAGGCUCACUCCCACUCCCAAAGGGGAGGAGGAGCAGAACUAUGACCUAACCAAAGUCACAGAGAGUGUGAAGGCGUUUGUGUCCAAAGUCUCAACCCACAAAGGAGCAGAAUUGCCUCGGGAGCCAUCUGAGGCACCUAUCACCUUUGAUGCAGAUUCUUUCCUCAGUUACAUUGACAAGAUUUUGGGGCCAAAUUCUGGCGAGUCAGACUCUGAUGACUUAGGUGGUGAUGAUCUGGAUGAGGAAGACUCUGAAUGCCUAGACAGCGAUGAUGACGUAGACCUUGAAACUGUGGACCCUGAGGGAAAAGCCUCUACAAAAGAAACUCUGGAGAGUAUCAAGUCCUUAAUGGCGCAGAUGGACCAGGAACUAGCACAUACUAGCAUUGGGAAGAGCUUCACCACCUGGAAACAAAUGGAAAACUUGACAAAGGAACCAUCUCAAACCCUUGGCAGUGAUUCCGAUAAUGACGAAACGACAGCAGAUGGUCCUGUUCUGGAACCUGUGGAUGUGGAUCUCAACUUGGUCUCAAAUAUCUUGGAAUCCUAUCAUUCCCAAGCUGGACUGGCAGGACCUGCAUCUAACCUUCUACAGAGCAUGGGUGUGCAGCUCCCCGAUGAUGCAGAUCACAGACAUGCCAGCACGUAACUGAAAGAUUAACGGGGUAGGCAAUAAAGAGUCCAUCUGAGGUAGACCUGCUGCUCUGAUCACUCACUUAAUCAAUGCCAUUAACAACUUUCACAAUGGAGGUGUCCUGGGAUUUCUGCAUGAUUUUCCUGCUCAGCCCGAGGAUAAAAAAAUAUCUUCUGUCUGUGGAAAUAGCUCCCUCCAAAGGCACUGCCUUUUGACCUUUGGUAUCUGUGGCAUCUGCACCUACUUCAGCCUCUCCCCUGGCUUGGCUUUGCCUCCUUCACUCAGGUGCACUCAAGUCAGUCAGUAAGCAUUUGUUAAGUACCUGCCAUGUACCAGGCGCUGUACUAAGCACUGAGCAUACACAGAAAGGCGAAAGACAGUCCCGAAUCUUGAGGAAAAUCUUGUUGCCUAGUGCGUGGUUCUGUUUCCUUUUUUCUCCUAGGCUCUGGUCUGAAGCCAGCAGUCCCUCGCUGUGUACAUAAGCCCUCAGCUGUGGAUGUCUGUGGGAAACCUCAGCAUGACCAGGGCAGAUGUAGUGGAAAAGCAUGGUACUGUAGGUCAAGAAAUCCCAGCUUCCCUUAUUGGCUGGAUGACCACUAGAUGGCCUCAGUUUUCUCAUCUGUAAAAUGAAGGGAGUUGGACUGGAUGGGUUCUGAGAUUCCUUCCCAUGCUGCAUCUGUGAUCUCAAAUGCUUUGCAACUUUAAAGUGCUGUGUAGCUAUGGAAGAUGAGUUCCCAUUCUCAUGGUCCAGUGACUGCCGCAGCCUGGUGUUGUUGCCUCAUCUCUAUCUUUAUUAAACAUAUAGCGACCACUCA